GAUAGUUGGUUGAUCAGUUCAAGAAAAUGGCGUCUCGUAGGUGGAGAUCAUUGCGUCGAAUUUCACGAAUCAUGAAUGAAUUCUAACGUUCGUCUCAUAUCUUAUUUUAAUUACGUGUGUUAUUAAUCGUGCAUUGGGAGAAAGGACAAUUGAAUAAUGAAUGAAAUAAGUGGUAACAAGCAAGAGUUGGGAAAUACUUCAGCCUGGGAAAGUCUAUCGACGCCCCCGUCACUGUCAUCGGCGCCGAAUAUGCAUCAUCAUCAUCAUCAUCUUCAUCAUCAUCAUCAAACGCUACAGCAGGAUACAAAUACAACGGUUAUGCAAGUAAUAGUUCCUACUCCGGUUAAACUUCAACCUCCUAUAUUAUCAACGGCUCAAACUGUAACCGACCAUUGUUCCCAACUUGGGCAUUUGCAACAAACACCUUUAAUGACUCAAGGCUUAGCGCCAACAAAUUUUUCCGAUCUUGAACUUUCGCCUGAACUUCAACAACAAGGAUGGAAAAAAUUUUGGAGUAAACGAGAAAACAGGCCUUACUUUUGGAACAAGUUGACCGGUGAAUCUUUAUGGGUCGUACCCUCUUUAAAAUCUCAGUUUGAUCCUAUAACGGAUCCCCUUGGUAUCUGCGGUGUACCUCCUGUUCCUGGAAAUGGAUCGAUACCUCUUUGUACUACACCCAGUGGUGGAGUAAAGCGUAGAGCUUCGGAAGAUGGUACUGCACCAGCUCCGAAGAAAUUUGUUUUAGCAGGCCCAUGGGAUCUUGAAAUUGCGACGAAUGUAAUAAUUCAUGAAAGAGCUCCAUCAAAUUUACCACAUGUCCAUCCCGAAGUGGAAGCAUUAAGAUGUGGUUUACUGACAAAGUUGCGUAUGUGCUAUCAAGAACUUUGCCAUACGCGAGAGUCGAUAGAUGCUCCUAAAGAUUCUUUUAAUCGAUGGCUUAUGGAACGUAAGGUUAUAGAUUGUGGAUCAGAUCCAUUGCUGCCGAGUCAGUGCUUUCCAGAGAUCUCAAUGUCGAUGUAUCGCGAAAUUAUGAAUGAUAUCCCUAUUAAAUUGAUAAGACCUAAAUUUACUGGCGAUGCUAGAAAACAAUUGUCUCGUUAUGCCGAAGCUGCUAAGAAAAUGAUUGAAUCAAGAGCGGCAUCUUCAGAAAGCAGGAAAGUUGUCAAAUGGAACGCGGAAGAUACGUUUCAAUGGCUACGCCGAACAGUAGGCGCAACGUUCGACGAUUUUCAGGAUCGACUUGCUCAUUUGAGACGCCAAUGUCAGCCUCAUCUUACGGAAACUGUGAAAGGAAGCGUCGAGGGUAUUUGCUUGAAAAUUUACCACUUGUCUACAGAGUAUGCGAAAAAAGUCAAGGAUAAAAAUAAUCAAAUAUUAAAAGACAGUGGUUUAGGGGAUGUUAUACCGUUGGGGGGACCAGCCAGUACUCAAAGAAAAGUUUGGUGUUAUCCGGUGCAAUUUUCUCUUCCUACUCCUCGACUUCCGCAAGUGGAUUAUCUUCCGGAACGUGAUCAAACGAUGUUACGUUUUCAUGGUGACACAGUGUGCAUUAAUAAUACACACUUUACUAAAUUAGAACAUUUAUAUAGGUACAAUUGUUUCGAUGAUAAAAAAUUUGAAAUGUUUUUACCUCGUGUAUGGUGUAUGUUAAAACGAUACCAAACAUAUCUUGGUAUCGAAGGACAAGCUACUCAAAUGGCUCUGCCGGUAACAGUUUUUGAGUGCCUCCAAAGAUCAUUUGGCGUGACAUUCGAGUGUUUUGCUUCUCCCUUAAAUUCUUACUUUAGACAAUAUUGUUCAACAUUUGCCGACACAGACUCUUAUUUCGGCUCGAGAGGUCCUUUUUUGGAUUUUAGACCGGUAAGCGGUUCUUUUCAAGCUAAUCCGCCCUACUGUGAAGAACUCAUGGAAGCAAUGGUCAAUCACUUUGAACGUCUCUUGGCGGAUUCAGCAGAACCUUUAUCCUUUGUUGUAUUUCUACCCGAGUGGCGAGAUCCAGCACCUAAUGCUCUAAUAAAGCUAGAAAGUAGUCAUUUUAAACGCAAACAAGUGGUAGUACUUGCGAUGGAACACGAAUACAGACAUGGACAUCAACAUAUAUUACCAAAAGGGGAAAUUAACAUCAGGGCUGCUCAUGGAACUUUGGUCGUAUGGCUGCAAAAUGCGGCGGGUGCUGCAAGAUGGGGUCCUACCGAGGAACGCGUAGAGGCAUUGCUAGAAGCUUGGCGUCCAGGAAGAGAAAGAGAAAGGGAUAAACAAGAACUUCUUUCUCCAUCCAGACAAACUCAUCAACAAAUUCCUGCAACGCCCGUUUCUGUCUUGGCCACUCAAACUCCUCCGACUAUGCCUCUCUCACAAACGCUAUCCACCCAUCCAGCAUAAUCGUAUGCAAAUAAUUUAUAAUAUCAAUUUAAUCUUAGUUCGUUAUAUUAAAAAAAAAAAAAAAAAAAAAAAA